AUGGCCGUCUUGAAAGAUUUUGCUAUUUAUUUCGAUCAGCCUUUUGCCGUUUAUUAUCCUGGCCAAUUUGUUUCAGGCUAUGUUGUAGUUCAGUUAGAUCAAGGCAGCAUUAAUAUUACCGGCAUUAAAUUGCACGCUUAUGGCCGAGGCUAUACUAGAAUUUUAGCCAAUUUCCGUAAUGGUACAUUUGAUGUUGAUAGCAAUCAAGGCGUAGAAUGUGAUGAGUAUCUGGAUAGAAUUGAAUACAUUUACGGAGAAGUUGUCAAUGUUAUAAGUAAGGAAUACAUUAAUCAAUAUAAGUAA